AAAAUAAAUGACCCUUAAUUAUAAUCAAAUCAAGGCACUAAUUACAUUUUAAGCAACCCUUAUAAAUAAUACACAUUCUUCUUCACAUAUUCUCCAGCUUCUCUCUCUCAAAUUUCUAACUUUCUCUCUCCAAAUCUAUCCCUUUUCUCAUUUGCUCUCUCUCUCUAAAAAUGUCAACUUUCUCAUUUGACGGUGUUUUUGAUCUUGAUGAAGCUCUUUCUAUGCCGCCGUUAUAUUCAUCCCCCAUGUCGUCAUCUUUCAGUCAUAAUGCUGUAAUUGUGACAGCUGAUACUUUUCCGGUUGUCGUUACUUCUAAGGACGCCGUAUGCUCCGUUUGUACGGAAGAGUUCGAGCCGCCGCGAAAUAGUGGUAGGCAAAUCCCAUGUGGCCACGUAUAUCAUGCUGACUGUAUCUCCGCUUGGUUAUCUGUUCAUGAUUCUUGUCCUCUCUGCCGGGUUGCUGUUGUUAUGGUUGACCAGAAAAAUGCUUACCAAUAAAAUUUUGAGUUUUUGAUGAUUUUUUUUAAAUUAGUUUUUGACGUAAUAAUUCAAUGACACUUUUACAUUUUAGAAUUUUAGUGAUUCUUUUAUUCUUUAUUUUUGGAAGGAGUUAUUGUUUUGUUCUUUGUUCUAAAUUCCAUUUGUAUCAUUGUAGGUUGUAUCAUUGUAGGUAGCCCGUGUGAGAUUUUCUCAAUAUGUACUUAUGGAUAAAUUAUCAAUAUAAAAUAUUGCGAGUUUUUAUUAUUUAAAAAAUAUAUCCAAUCAUCCCG